AUGGAUUCAGAAAAACUUCAAGAAUAAAGUUGUCAUAAACAAAUUAAGAAAAUUCAUAAUUUUGGACCUUACACAAGCUUAGGAUAACUAGCAGCUAAACAAAUAGAAGAUGAAUCUAAAAAGAACUUGACUGUUUCUUUCAAAUAAAAAGAUGAUAUUAUCAUAGUGGAAAAUUGGAAAAAAUACAAUAUUGAUGUUAGCAAUCCUAGUUUUCAAAUUUAAAAAAACCAUAAAUCAAAUACUGGAUGUUGGAAUGUUUGUGUUUCUUUUUGA